AUGUCACGUGAAUAUUCGCGUAAGACUUUUUACGGUCGCGAGCGGGAUAGAGAUCGCGAUUGGGGUAGAAAUGACUAUCACUAUGAGAAACGCCGCUCGCGUUCAAGAAAGCGAAGCCGCAGCCCUCCUAGAGAUCACGAUAAACGAAGAAGUCGUACACCAAGGAAGAUCGAUAAAGAUCUCCUGGAUGAGAAUAUUCUAAGUGAGAUUUCUAAGUUGCCGGAACCGAGCGAAUUGUGGGAUAAUCAAACGCAAGACGGCGGGUACACCGGCCCUCCGCCCCCGACGUUUUCGCAAGAAGGAAAUAACUACGGCAGCAACUACCAGUCCUCAUAUUCUGGAAUAUAUGAUGAUUUCCCAUCUGUAAAUUCGAUGCCAGCGGCACCCCAUCCUCCAGAAAUGUCAUCCUGGAAUCAAAUGUCAUUACCACCUGCGCCCGCCCCUCCAGUCUAUAACAUUGAGGAUCAGAUUAAAAAAGAAGCGGCAAUAGAAUCCGAAAUGCGUCAUCAGAAAGCAGCAUUGUCGAAACAACGCGAAGAUUAUAUAAAGAAAGCGGGCAUACUUAAGAAAGAACUGGAAACAUUGAAGGACCAACGCAAUGAACUCCGAGGGGACUCUAAAAGAUCACCGAGCCCCGACACCAAAAGAUUCCUUAAAGAGAACACUAAGUUGCAGUUGGAGAUACAGAACAAACUGAAGACGAUCAACAACGUCGUCGAUAUGUUGAAUGGUAUUAUAGGAGAGGAUGCUCAGGAGUUAAUCGAAACGGACGACUCGGAUGAAAAAGGUUCCAAGCGUAAAUCAAGGUCCCCGUCGAGUAACAAGUUCAACUAUGUGUACUACGACCCCGAGAUGCACUGGUGUCGAGUUUGCAACGAGUUUCCACCCACAGCUAAGGAAUAUCUGAACCAUCUGCACUCGCCUGCCCAUCACAAGGCGGCGGCGGCGCACCUGGAGGCGCCGUGGCACGCGCUGGCGGGCCACGAGGGCUUCCCCAGCCUGCCCAACGCGCCCGCCAAGCGCACGCCCAUCCGGGGUCUGCAGUUCUUCGUGCCGUCCACAGCGUGGUACUGCAAGCUGUGUGACCAGUUCAUCGGAGACCUGCACUGUGCCUCCGCACACCUCAAGUCUAUCGUGCACUCCAAGAACUAUACCAACUUCGUCGAGCAGAACCCGCACUGGGAGACAGACUGGAUGUCGGAUCGUCAAAAGGCGUUCGAAAAGGCGCGUGGUAAAAAGGCGGUUGUUAGGGAGGAGGAGAAGCCCUCAUACGCGAACAGUACUAUAACAUUUAGCGAAGACGGAAUCACGACACGGGCCGUAUCACCGCGUAAGAAGAAAAAGCGCCGCCGCUCGACUUCCUCCUCAUCCUCAGACAGUGAGCCGCGAAAGAAGAAGAAAAGUAAGAAAUCCAAGUCUAAGUAUGGUUCUGAUGAAAGGCUGACUGAGUGGAUGUCUUCAAUACAAGUUGAUCGCCUCAACGAAAAUGACCGGAAACUACUUGAUAAAAUCAAGACAAGAAUCACUCUAGACAAGCUACAGAGCGGUCGAACCGAACGGUCAGAGAGACAGCGAUCUGAACGCUCCGAACAGCGAGAAUUAAGUCGCGAACGGGAGAAAGAGCGACGUGAGUCUCGCGCUCGAGAGGACAGAGAGAGGGAGAGGCGGGAGGACGCGCGGAGGAGAGAGGAGAGGAGAGAGGAACGGAGAGAAGAGCGGGAGGACAGGGGGGAGAGGCGCAGGGAGCCCUCGCACCAAGAGACUAAGAAACCGGACAUCCGCAAGAUGCCCUUCAUCGGUAAAAUGCCCGUUUACAAAAACUUAAGCAAGAACUCGAAGUUAGAUGAUCUAAAAAAGGACGACCAGAAGAAGAAAGAAGACGAGGAGAUAAACAAGAAGAGGCGAGAGGAGAUGGAUGUGGAAAUACAGAAAAAGACAGUAGACAACGAAAUGUACACGUGCGACGUGUUCGCUGAACGGCGACAAGGGCGCGGUGCAAGUGUAAUGUGUGCGGUGCAGGUGGCGGAGUUCAAGCAGAAGAUCGCGAAGGCGCAGCUGGAGCGCGAGCAGGAGCUGCUGCUGCCCGCGCUGCCGCUGCCGCGCGCCUUCCUGCCGCACCCGCCCCUCGCGCCCCACCCGCCCCACCAGACGACCCACCAGCAGCCCCACCAGGCCCCGCCCCUCGCGCCCCAGCCGCCGCCGCCAGCAACCACUGCACCACCACCCACCUUGCCCAAGGAUUUCCAGGAUGCUUUAGACAUUAUCUUUCCAUCUGCUGAGAAAACGGCUGAAAUGGCAGCCCAGCAAGAAUUAUUUCAGGGUAUACCUGGCCUACCACCUCCAGGAUUCCCCGUCGGAUUGGGGGGUGUUAUGCCUUCCUUUCCCCAACUCAGUAUUCUGGGUCAACCACCCCCUCACAUGAUGAUGGGAUUCGAUAUGAACCCUCAACUAUUUCAGCACCCACAACUAUACGACACGCACGUACCAAUAGUUCCCGGACAGAAGCAGAGGCAGAAUAAAAAUAGACGGAACCAAAAGAAUGGCCCAGAUAAGAGAAACAAAAACAAAGAGGAGUUAGACGACCUAGCCAUGCUUGGGAUAGACGCUGAUGAUGUAGGAGCUGGGAUGUAAUCUAGGACGAGCAAGGAAAAUCCAUAAUUUUGUAAUAUCUAUAAAAAGUAAUACCAAUAAUAAAACAGAUUAUUAUUAUACAGACAGGUACAAUUUUACAUGUAUAAGAAAUACAGACGGAAUAUAUUUUACAUAACUGAGACAACUGAAACUAGCUCAGUUAUUUGCUUGCUCAGGGUCUUGGAAGGUACUGGCUUACGGCCAGUCCUUAAGAUACUAUGUAAAUAUAUAUUUAUAUGUAUUAAUGCUGGUCAAAUGCCUUCUCUCCUGCACAGAAGAAAGUUUAGGGCGUAACUGGGUACGCUUGCUCUACUGCGGGUAGUCGUAUAUUUUCGUAUACUAUUUAGUACAUAGUCUCGACAUUUUAUCUUGCUUUAUAUUGCAUCUAAAUCGAUUUUUAUUUUGAUAAUUUUGUUAUGAAAAACUUGACGAUGACUUAAGAUGUAUGACAAUAGAUUGUUAAUAUGUUUCCAACUAAUAAGCUCUUUUCCCGAUUUAACAAUAAAGAAUAUCAUUGAGUUUUAUUCCGCCAAAGUUUCUACUAUGAAGUAUCGGUUAUUUGUUUGUUGUGUUUUUUCUUUAGAUUGUAGUUUAGUGGGAUUAGUACUUAUAGUUGGUUGGGUAACACGGGAGAGUAAAAACUUGUUAGAAUAAUUAAAAUUCAUAAUAUUCAAA